AUGGAUGAAUUAACAGACCCCCAGAUCCCUCAGGCGAACAGACCUACAGCGCAGCGUGCACGGCGACCACGAGCUGCGCGCGCGUGCGAUCUCUGUCGGUCCAAGAAAUACAAGUGCGACGAGUCUUAUCCCUGUUCAUAUUGCCAAAGCCGAAAUGUCGAAUGUGUGUACAAAGGCCAGGACAUGUCGCGCAUGCGCAUGACAUCAAGCUAUGUAAGACAAUUGGAAGAUCAGGUCAAGAGCCUCUCUAGCAUUGUGGAGAACUAUGAGAAGGCAGCAACCGAUGGACCAAGCAAUAGUCCCGAAGGGAUAGCGAUGAAUGCCUCAUCGUUGCCAAUAGCUCAGCAUCCAACAGUGAUGGAAGCCUUUCCUACGCCGAAUAGCAUCUCAUCGUGGCAUACUAGGGAACAAGAAGUCUCCGGAAUGAAUACUCACACAAGAGACGUCGAGUUCUAUGGCAGUUCUUCAUCAGUUGCACUGUUGUCGCAUGUUCGGCGAACUGGCGAGGAGGACAACGAUGAUGAUGACGCGGGUGCACUUUUAUCCUCGUUGCAUAACCCUCACUUUGACCCAAGUGGAUCACAAGAUACCCAGCGGGGAAGAAAGAGUACCGAGGAGUCUGAUCACUCACCUUGGUAUCUACAAUGCCGCAACUUUAUAGACGGUUUCUUCUCCGCGAUCCACUACAUUCACCCGAUCUUAGACAAGACUUCAUUCGUGCAACGCUGCGAGUCGUUGUGGGCAGGUGAAGGGCCAGAAAACAAAAGGAUCACGAGUUUCGUCGCUUUGUACUACAGCAUCUUGUCUAUUGGGGCAUUGGUUGGGACGAGGGAGGAUGAGCUUAUCGAUGGAAUGACUAAUCUGGCCUGGAGUCGGAAGUUCUUUAAUAGAGCUAAAGACUGCUGUAAUAGGCUUGGGAUGGUCACGGACCUUGAUAUGGUCCAGUGCUAUUUCAUCCUGGCCAAAGUCUGCCAGAACGAACUGCAUCCACACUUGUCAUACAUGUAUGUUGGCCUUGCCAUAAGAACAGCUCUGGCAAUGGGCAUAAAUCGUGAGCCGGGACCCAAUAGCAAGAAGCCACCUUCUUUAUUGAGAGCAGAGACACGGACUUGGUGGGGCCUUUACUCCUUAGAGACUGAAAUGUCUUUCGCAAUGGGGAGACCGGAUACUCUAGGAGCGGAUCUAUACCAUAACCGACGAUUCCCACGUAUCAGUAACGGUCAAAACGCAACCGGGAUUGACUCUGAGAUGUCUGAGCAUCCUUGUUGCGCCAUCAUCGAGCACAUGGUGCAUUUCUCCAAAAUCACAAGAAACAUCUGCCUGAGCAUUUACCUCCCCGAAACCACGAUACCGAUGAUGGUGGCGAUGGCUAGUCAAAUUGAGAGGGACCUGGAGGCGUGGACACAGAAGCUCCCUGAGGCUAUACGACCGAUGGGAUCGUCUACUCAGGUACCGUCUUUGAGAGGGGUCAGGGAUGUUCAAUGGGUGAAACGGCAGAGACUUGUACUAAACUUGCGAUAUCAUAACCUGAGGAUCCUCCUCUUCGGGUCCUUUCUAUUGAGGUCAACGGCACAGGAGAGGGCGACUAUGAGUGACACAAAAGUCGGCAUUCAAAAGUGCCUUGAAUCAGCAAAACAAACAAUUGAAACUAUAUAUCAGACUUACCAACACAGCGACUUCUUCCGAACAUGGUUCUACAAUACUACAUACACUGUUUUCGCCGCGAGUAUAAUACUGGUAUACAUGACCCAAGACGCAGUCGAGAGCGAAAUGCAACCUUUACUUCGUCUAGUAGAUAUGGCGAUCGAGAUACUCAUGAUCAUGGACGAAUGCGUCGUUGCGCUACAAGCGGCGAAGUUGUUGCAGGGAGCGAGAGAAAAGGCUAUACAGAAGUCGUCCCAGGUUGAGGUAGCCGCGAAUCCAGGGACGUCCUGGCCUGAUGGAAUGGUCUACUUGAAUCACUACUGGGGACCACUGAAUCUACUUGAUGGAGAGUUGGAUCAGAACCUCGACAUGUCGUCGAUAGACUUUGAUGCGGCGAGCUUGUUUAUGUCGAUGCCUCAUUAG